AUGUUAAAGAAGUUCUUUAAUAUUCAUAUUUUCAGAUCAAACGAAUUCGGUGAGUUUCAAAAGAGAUUGAAGAUGGGAAACCAAACAAGCAGAAAGUCACAGGAGACAUCGUCUAAGGCAACGGCGACGAGCAUGCACUACACAACGGAGCUGAGGUCGUACGAGGCUGCGUGUAAAGCAGACACGGAGCUGCAGUCUUUCGACACGAGUAUGCAGGCACGGACCAGUCACGUGAUAAGCACGCUAGCUACGGGUGUAGAGGUUCGAGCGCUCUCGUUCGACUCCCUGAAAGAAGUGACCGAGUGUUUGCUGGAGAUGAAUCAAGAAGUGGUCAAAGUGAUAUUGGAUUGCAAGAAAGACAUAUGGAAGAACCAAGAUCUAUUCGAGCUCGUUGAGGAUUACUUUGAGAAUAGCUUGAAGACGCUCGAUUUCUGUGCUGCCUUGGAGAAAGGAUUGAGGAAAGCUCGUGAUAGUCAGCUUUUGAUUCUUGUUGCUCUUCAGCAGUUUGAAGAUGAGAGCCUCGUUGAAGGUGGGAACGGAUACGAGAAGACACUUGAAGAGCUGAAGAAUUUCAAAGAAGCAGAGAGUCCUUUCAACGAGGACUUCUUCAAGAUGUUCCAAUCCGUUUACAAACAGCAGAUGCUGAUGCUUGAGAAGCUACAGCUUCGUAAGAACAAGCUUGACAAGAAGCUCAAAUCCAUCCACACUUGGAGGAAACUCUCCAGCAUCAUCUUCGUCGCCACAUUCGCCACUGUGCUCAUCUGCUCCGUCGUGGCUGCAGCCAUGGCGGCUCCUCCCGUGGCCGCGGCUCUGGCUGCAGCUACCGCUGUGCCGCUUGGCUCAAUGGGGAAAUGGAUCGAUUCGCUGUGGAAGAACUACGAGAAUGCGCUCAAAGGGCAGAAAGAAGUGAUCAGUUCGAUGCAGGCGGGCACGUAUGUGGCGGUUAAGGACUUGGAUAACAUCCGGGUUUUGAUCGAACGGCUGGAGAUUGAGAUCACGGGGAUGGUAAAGUGUGCUGAAUUCGCGGUGGAGCAUGAAGCGGUCAGGUUUGGGAUCGAAGAGAUCAAGAAGAAGCUUGAGGUGUUCAAGAAGAAUGUAGAGGAGUUGGGGACUCAGGCUGAUUUGUGUAGCAGAGAUAUUAGAAGGGCAAGGACUGUGAUUCUCCAGAGGAUCAUCAAACAUCCCACCUGA